AUGCGUAUCUGCUCUUUAUAUUUCAGAAACGACUCAUACAUUCUUGCCAAUUCGCCAGAAUUUUUAAAAUCGAUUGAAUUUUCUGGGAAACGAAGAUUAAAGUUAAAGGAUGAUGCUGUUCCAACAGAACAUAAACCAUUGGAUGGAACGAGUGAAGAACAAAAUGUGAAAAGAUCAGUUGGAACUCUGUCAAGACGAAGGGUAGGCUAUGCGUUUUAAUAUUUAAUUAUAAAGCACGCGUCUAUCAAUGUUUAUACAUUUAAAACUGUUUUGUUUUCUCUCAAAGGCUUAGACAAAUAUUAUAUGUUUUUAGCUGCAACCAUAUAUUGUGUUAAAAAUAAAUAUUGUUUUCUUACUAGGAAGUUGAAGAUAUACUCAAUGCAGACACGGUUGCUGAAAAUGCCAAUGUCAUUUGUGAACAACCAAUCCAUUCAGAGAGUCAUGAAGAAAUCCUAACAGUAACACGCAAUGAAACAAUUUGCGAAAGUUUCAUGCCCCAGGAACCAGUGACAGUAACGAUUAAAUCAUCUUACACCCAGACCGACGAACAGUUCGUAAAUCAGUGGCCAAAAAAAAAUAAGAUGACUCAAACAUGCAAACUUCCAGCUACUGUUACAAGUAACAAGACAAAGACAAUGUCAAAAAAAACUCAAACCUAUUUAACAAAUGAGUGUUUAUUGCAAUAUGUUGCCGCCGCGAAGCCCAAAGUACUAGUUUGUUCUUCCACACAGACAGCUCUGAUUGAAAAUGAACUUGUACCCAACACAUCCCAACCAGAAUUAGAUUCAGACCCGAUUGACAAACACUCAUCCUCAGACGAAGAGUAUCAGUCAGAUGAAAGCGAUCUCGAAAGUGACGAAGGAAUUAACGGCGAUAGAGGCGAGUUAAUAACGCUGUCUAGCAAUAAGCCCCCACAUGAUCAAAUGAAGUUUAUUGUAUUCGAAGAGUCAAUUGUUAAAAGAUUCGGGGUCUGUUCGACAUGUAGAUCUACUUGCACUGUAUCACUACAACACAACAUUGGAACAUAUUGCAAGAUAGCUGUGCAUUGUAGUGCUGAUUCUUCCCAUAAUUUUACUUGGUCGACAGGUCCUUUAUGCAAUCGAUUGCCCAUCUUACAUUUGAUGAUCGCUUCAAGUGUUCUAUGUACAGGCAUGGAAUGUGCAAAAGCGCUUAGAUUAUUCGAUUCCUUAAAAAUUAUGUGCUUCAAGAGAAGGGAGUUCUCCAAUCUUCUGACCGGCUAUGUUAUCCCAGCUGUUUUCAACGUCUGGAAAAGGCAGCAGCAGUGUUUGCUAAAUAGCAUUAAAGGGAAAUGGCAAUAUAUUUUUUUAUUUUCUCGUUUGAAAGAACAUUUAAAAGCAUAUAUAAAACUCUUUUACCUUUUUUUCAUAUCUUGCUUAUUUCUACAAAUAUUUUAAUCGAAAGAAAUGAAAUGUCCGCCAUCUUGGAUUUUUAUGGAUAUGCAUGUUACGUCACAACAGGGGUCACGCAAUAUUUUUAUCUAGACAACUACUACUCAUUUUGCACUCAAAAUUAUACUCUGCAUGCCCUUGGAAAUAUCAAGAUUACUCGAAACGUUUAAAACAUCUACCAAUCAACAUUUGGUCAGAAAUGAAUACUUUUAUAUGGUUAAUCCCUGUUGUGACGUCACCAAAACUACCGUUAAUGAGAUCAAAAUUUUAUCCAAGAUGGCUGACAUCUCGUUACUUCGGAUGAAAAUAUUUCAAGAACUAAGCAAGAUAUGAAGAAUGGGUAAAAGAAGUUAUUAAAUAGUUUCAAAAGUUCUUUCAAAUAAGAAAAUAAAAAAAAUAUAUUGCCAUUUCCCUUUAAGGACAACCCAAUUUGUAUUGCGUCUGACAUGCGAGUGGACAGUCCUGGGCUCAGCGGACUGUUCGGCUCAGGGAGUAGCUUAGAUGUUGACAGAAAUAUAAUUCUGGACACUCAAGUUAUUAAGGUAAUUGAAGAAAUAUGCAAUCUAUCUGAAAUUGACACCUGGACUCCUAGAUUUAACUAAGCCUGCAUGGUUUCCAUAAUUAUGGUCGUAAAGAUUGAGUCAAGAUCUUUCUCAUCAGGUGAUACCUCGCGAAAUACAACAUUUUAGAACUGAGAACUGCGCAGUGAUUAUAACUAGACAAUUACUUAUUAUUUAUAUGUGGUUUACCCGUAUAAACUAUUAUAAACUGGCACUUUUAGAAAGAUCGUAACUUUAUUUUUACGACCAUUAUGAAUGUUAAUUAAUGUAGAGCACCGAAGUAAAGAAUUCGACUGCGAUGGAACUGGAGUCCCUAAAACGACAACUGGCGUAUUUGGAGCAAUCUGAAGUAAACGUGAAAAAGCUGGUCACAGGUAGGCAUUCUCAGGUUUCGUCUUACCUCGCACAAGAAAAGCCGGAUAUUGAUCACGCAUACGACGUUUGGCAUGUAGCGAAAGGUAUUGUACUGUUUACUACAGUAUAUACAAAAUCACAAGAAAUAAACUUACUAUAAUAGGACUUACUGUGCGCGAUAUGAAAUUGGCUAGAAAGCCUGAGUGCUUGUAUUAAAGUCGUAAACAACGUAAUUAAUAAAUACCAUUACAUAAUUUAUAGUUCUAAUUACGAAUCAGUUAUUACUGUAUUCCGUAUUGAAUUGUAAUACUGAAAUACCUCGGCAAACUUGAGAAUUGUGAAUUUGUAAAACGAAUACAGCAUUGCAUUUUAAAGAUUUGAAAUGUACGACUUGAAAUGUACAACGUUUUGAAAUGUACAACUUUUCGGCAUGUGACAAAUAAAUGAAUCAAUUGGCCGUGACUACUCCUUAACGGAAGAACCCGUCACUCUAGUGGAAAAGUAUCUAGAUGGUAAACAACCAAAGCCAAAAUCCGAUAUUGUGGCGGCCAAGCACAGUCGAUUUACUCAGCCAGCUUUGCCAGGCGUAGACGAAGACCAUUGCGAUUGUUCGGGAAAAUGCGCCACAAGACGAUGCAAAUGUAAAAAUGAACUUCGCAAGUGUAAGUCUGCUUGCGAUUGUAAAAAAGAGGCUUGUAAGAACGUUUAGUUAUAAA